AUGGGAAACGAACAAGCAACUCCUCAAAAAAGAUUAACUGAUCCAAUUAUGACUACAUAUGAAACUCUUGAAGACCUUCAAACAGCACUUACUAAAGCUGGAUUAGAAUCAUCCAAUUUAAUUGUUGGAAUUGAUUUUACUGGUUCUAAUGCUUCAUCAGGAAAAAAAACGUAUGGAAGAAAUAUGCAUACUAUUGAUCCAUCAAAUCCUAAUCCUUAUAUGAGAGUAAUGGAUAUUAUGGGAAGAGCACUUGCACCAUAUGAUGAUGAUGGACUUAUUCCAGUUUUUGGAUUUGGUGAUAAAAGAACUCAAGGAAAAGCUGUUUUUGAUUUAAGUCCUGAAAAUAAACCAUUUUUAGGAAUGGCUGCUGCAAUUGAACAAUAUAAAAAAACUGUUCCUUCUCUUACAUUGUCAGGUCCAACUUCAUUUGCUCCAUUAAUUAAAAAAGCUAUAGAAAUUGUUAAAGAAACAAAACAAUAUCAUAUUCUUGUUAUUAUCUGUGAUGGACAAGUUAGUGACGUUGAUGUGAAUAGAAAGGCUAUUGAAGAAGCUUCAAAAUAUCCAAUUUCUAUUAUUUGUGUUGGUGUUGGAGAUGGACCAUUUGGUGUAAUGGAGAAUUUUGAUGAUGUUGUUAAGAAUGCUAAAUUUGAUAAUUUCAAUUUUGUUAAUUAUUAUAAAGUCUGUGAAGGACAUGUAGAGAAUCCAGACGUUGCAUUUGCAUGUGCAGCAAUGAAUGAAAUUCCAGAACAAUAUGCUAUUAUGAAACAACUAGGAUAUUUUGAUAAUUAAAAAAAUUAUUCUGUUUUUCAAUUUGGUUAUUAGAAUAGAAGUAAUUCAACAAUUUUUAAUA